GUUGUGUACUCCUUCACUAAUCCUAGGUGGAAAGUAUGUCCCCCGUGCUGUGCUGGUGGACUUGGAGCCAGGCACUAUGGACUCUGUGAGGUCUGGUCCGUUUGGGCAGGUGUUUAGACCUGACAAUUUUGGUUUUGGCCAGAGUGGUGCUGGUAACAACUGGGCUAAAGGCCACUACACCGAAGGAGCUGAGCUAGUGGACUCGGUUCUGGAUGUGGUGAGAAAGGAGGCUGAGAGCUGCGACUGCCUGCAGGGAUUCCAGCUCACCCAUUCCCUCGGAGGAGGCACAGGCUCCGGCAUGGGCACGCUCCUGAUCAGCAAGAUCCGAGAGGAGUACCCAGACCGCAUCAUGAACACUUUUAGCGUUGUGCCUUCACCUAAGGUGUUAGGCUUCACUGUGGUGGAGCCCUAUAAUGCCACCCUCUCUGUCCACCAGCUGGUCGAGAACACCGACGAGACCUUCUGCAUUGACAACAAGGCUCUGUACGACAUCUGCUUCCGUACAUUAAAGCUGACCACACCCACCUACGGUGAUCUAAACCACCUGGUCUCAGCCACCAUGAGCGGCGUAACCACCUGUUUGCGCUUCCCUGGUCAGCUCAACGCCGAUCUGAGGAAACUGGCCGUCAACAUGGUGCCAUUCCCCAGAUUGCACUUCUUCAUGCCAGGCUUUGCCCCACUGACGAGCCGAGGCAGCCAGCAGUACAGGGCUCUGACAGUUCCUGAACUCACCAUGCAGAUGUUUGAUGCCAAAAACAUGAUGGCAGCUUGUGAUCCACGCCACGGGCGCUACCUCACAGUAGCUGCCAUCUUCCGAGGCCGGAUGUCAAUGAAAGAAGUGGACGAGCAGAUGCUGAACGUGCAGAACAAGAACAGCAGCCACUUCGUCGAGUGGAUCCCGAACAACGUGAAGACGGCAGUCUGUGACAUCCCACCGCGUGGCCUCAAGAUGGCCGCCACUUUCAUUGGAAACAGCGCAGCCAUUCAGGAGCUGUUCAAGCGCAUCUCUGAGCAGUUCACCGCCAUGUUCCGCCGCAACGCUUUUCUCCACUGGUACACCGGUGAGGGCAUGGACGAGAUGGAGUUCACCGAGGCUGAGAGCAACAUGAACGACCUGGUGUCCGAGUACCAGCAGUAUCAGGAGGCCACCGCAGAAGAAGAGGGAGAGUUUGAAGAAGAGGGUGACGAAGACAUGGCCUAAGCAGCGUCUUUGUUUAGGCGUAGCCAAUAAGCAGAUGUCGGCUUUUCUUGCUUUAAUCCAAGCUUCAAAACACUGACAAGUGUAAUGGAUAGCGACAGUUCUACUGGUUUUGAAAGGUUUUUCUCAGGCUUUGUUGAAAACAUGUUAAAUAUUAAAACUGACACUUGGAGCAGCUUGAAUGUUUUGCUUUAUAGGAGUUUUUACCUACGAGGUUUUUCUUUGGUUCCUACAUCAUUUUAAAAUGAUCCUUGUAGUUGAGGCUGCUUCC